UUUCCAGAAAAGAUACACAAAAAUGUUUGGUGGUCAACAGCCUAUUUUAGUUUUGAGUCAAAACACAAAACGUGAGUCCGGCCGGAAGGUUCAGCUCGAAAAUAUUAAUGCAGGAAAGACGAUAGCGGACGUUAUCCGAACAUGCCUUGGACCUCAGGCGAUGUUAAAAAUGUUGAUGGACCCCAUGGGUGGCAUCGUGAUGACCAACGAUGGCAAUGCUAUUCUUCGGGAGAUCACUGUACAGCACCCCGCAGCCAAAUCUAUGAUAGAAAUCGCGAGAACACAAGAUGAAGAGGUUGGUGAUGGAACCACAUCAGUAAUAGUCCUAGCCGGAGAAAUGCUGGCUGUGGCCGAGCAGUUCCUGACCCAGAACAUCCACCCCACAGUCAUCAUCAGGGAGUACCGGCAGGCCCUAGAGGAUGCCAUCAAACUACUGGAGGAGAAGAUCUCUAUCCCCAUUGACAUGAAUGACAAGGAAAAGAUGAAGGAUGUUAUCCGCUCAUGUGUAGGCACCAAAUACAUUGGGCGCUGGGCCGACCUGGCCGUCGACAUUGCCUUGGAUGCAGUCAACACUGUCAUGAUCAAUGAGAACGGCAGGGUGGAGGUUGAUAUUAAGAACUACGCCAAAGUGGAGAAGAUUCCCGGAGGCACGGUGGAGGAGUCUCGCGUCCUGAACGGAGUCAUGAUCAACAAGGACGUGACGCACCCUAAGAUGAGGCGUUACAUCGAGAACCCGCGCAUCGUGCUGCUCGACUGCCCGCUCGAGUACAAGAAGGGGGAGAGCCAGACCAACAUCGAGAUUGUGGGAGAACAGGACUUCACAAAGCUACUCCAACUGGAAGAGGAGCACGUGCAGCGCCAGUGCGAAGACAUCAUAGCGCUGAAGCCUGACAUCGUGUUCACGGAGAAGGGAGUCUCCGACCUGGCGCAGCACUACCUGGUCAAGGCGGGCAUCACCGCCAUCCGCAGAUUACGCAAGACGGACAACAACCGGCUGGCGCGCGCGUGCGGCGCCACCAUCGUGAACCGCACCGAGGAGCUGCGCGAGGCCGACGUGGGCACCGCCGCCGGCAGGUUCGAGGUCAAGAAGAUCGGGGACGACUACUUCUCCUUCAUCACCGAGUGCAAGAACCCAAAGGCGUGCACAAUUCUGCUCCGCGGCGCUUCCAAGGACGUGUUGAAUGAAAUCGAGAGGAACCUCCAGGACGCGCUUCAUGUCGCCAAGAAUUUGGUGCUGAGCUCUCGGUUGGUGGCGGGCGGCGGCGCGGUGGAGAUGGCCGUGUCGCAGGCGCUCGCUCUCAACGCCGCGCACAACACGCCCUACCGCGCCGUGGCGCAGGCCCUAGAGAUCAUCCCUCGCACGCUCGCUCAGAACUGCGGCGCCAAUACCAUCCGCACGCUGACUGCGCUGCGCGCCAAGCACGCCGGCGGCGGCAGCACGUUCGGCAUCGACGGCGAGACUGGCGCCAUCGUCGACAUGGCCGCCAAGGGCAUCUGGGAGCCUCUCGCCGUCAAACUGCAGGUGUACAAGACUGCGGUGGAGACGGCCAUCCUGCUGCUGCGGAUCGACGACAUCGUGUCGGGCUCCAAGAAGAAGGCCAACGACCCCGCCGCGCCGCCCGCGCCCGCCGCCAUGGCCGGUCAGGAGUAACACACAAACAAACAUACAAGCUUACGCCUAGCUA